UUGAAGCAGUUAAGAAUGUCUUUGCCAAGUCGACAAACAGCCAUUGUUAACCCUCCGCCGCCAGAGUACAUAAAUGCUAAGAAAAACGGGCGAAUCACAAACCAACUGCAGUAUCUACAAAAAGUUGUCCUGAAGGCUUUGUGGAAGCAUGGCUUUUCCUGGCCUUUUCAGCAGCCUGUGGAUGCCGUGAAACUACAGUUGCCUGAUUAUUAUACCAUUAUAAAAAACCCAAUGGAUUUAAAUACAAUUCAGAAGCGCUUGGAACAUAAAUAUUAUGUAAAGGCUUCAGAAUGUAUAGAAGACUUUAAUACGAUGUUCUCCAAUUGUUAUUUAUACAACAAGCCUGGAGAUGACAUUGUUCUUAUGGCACAAGCUCUAGAGAAGUUGUUUAGGCAGAAAUUAUCUCAGAUGCCACAAGAAGAGCAAGUCGUGGGUGGUAAAGAAAGAAUAAAGAAAGGCACUCAACAGAAUGUAGCAGUUUCUUCUGUAAAAGAAAAACAAUCCCCCAAAGCAUCAGAAAAAGUGUUUAAGCAGCAAGUGACUCCCUCUGUAUUCCCAGAGACGUGUGUUUCUCUUUUAAAUGUGGCACAAGGUGCUCCACUCAACUCUACCUCACAAACAGUGGCCCAGGUUACAAGGGGUGUGAAGAGGAAAGCAGAUACAACAACUCCUACAACUUCAGUAGUUAAAGCAAGUGGUGAAUAUUCCUCAACACUUACAGAAAAAAAAUUGAAAAUGCAGCCUAUGAAAGAAAAUGUGCUGAAGAAUGUUUUCCCAGAUUCUCAGCAACAAUGUAAAGCUGUAAAGAGUAUUAAAGUAACUGAACAAUUAAGGCAUUGCAGUGAGAUUCUUAAAGAAAUGCUUGCAAAGAAACAUUUGUCAUAUGCAUGGCCCUUUUAUAAUCCUGUUGAUGUUAAUGCCUUGGGACUCCAUAACUACUACGAUGUUGUGAAAAAGCCCAUGGAUCUUGGAACCAUCAAGGGAAAAAUGGACAACCAGGAAUAUAAAGAUGCAUAUGAAUUUGCUGCAGAUGUUAGAUUAAUGUUCAUGAAUUGCUACAGAUACAAUCCUCCAGACCAUGAAGUAGUGACAAUGGCAAGAAUGCUCCAGGAUGUUUUUGAAAUGCAUUUUGCAAAGAUCCCAGAUGAACCUGUUGAGAGUAUGCCUUUGUGUUACAUGAAAACAGAUACCACUAAAACUCUCAGUAGAGAAAGCAGUAGUGAAGCUUCCUCUGAAGAUAGCUCUUCUGGUGACUCCGAAGAUGAACGAGUUCAGCGUCUUGCGAAGCUCCAGGAGCAGCUCAAAGCUGUUCAUCACCAGCUCCAGGUUCUGUCCCAAGUACCUUUCCAUAAGCUAAAGAAAAAGGAUGAAAAGACUAAAAGGGAAAAGAAAAAAGAAAAGGUUAAUAACAGAGAUGAAAACCCAAGGAAAAAGUUUAAACAAAUGAAAUUAAAGGAAAAGUCCAAGAGCAAUCAGCCAAAGAAGAGGAAGCAACAGGCCUGUGCUCUGAAAUCCGCAGGUGAAGAUAAUGCCAAACCUAUGAGCUAUGAUGAGAAAAGGCAGUUAAGUUUGGAUAUAAACAAACUCCCUGGAGAUAAACUUGGGCGAGUUGUUCAUAUAAUACAGUCCCGAGAGCCUUCACUGAGAAAUUCCAACCCUGAUGAGAUAGAAAUAGACUUUGAAACCUUGAAGGCAUCCACACUGAGAGAACUAGAAAAAUAUGUUGCUGCAUGCCUAAGAAAAAGACCACUGAAACCUCAUGGUAAGAAAAUAACGAAGUCCAAAGAAGAGCUUCGUUCACUGAAAAAGCAGGAGCUGGAGAAGCGCUUACUGGAUGUCAAUAAUCAAUUAAAUGCUACAAAACGUCAAACAAAAUCUGAGAAAACGCAGGCAUCAUCCAAAGCCGUUGGAGGUGGGUCCCGACUGAGUGACAGCAGCAGCAGCACCUCCUCAGCCUCGGAAAGCAGCAGCAGCAGCGGCUCGAGCUCCUCGGACAGCAGCGAUUCCGAAUCAGAAACAUUUCCUAAAUUUACUGGAGUAAAACAGAAUGAGUCUCCUUCUAAAGAGAAAGUAAAGAUACAGUCUUCUAUGCAAGAUACAGCCUCUACAAAAACUAUCCUUGUGCAUCAGACUACACAUGCAUGUGGAACACCGCCAAAUCACCACCAGUCAGCGUUUAAUCAUCAAGAAUUAGAAUGUUUACAGAGUGUAAAAAACAUUUCACCUUUACAAAUUCUGCAUCCCUCGGGUGAUUCUGAACAACGCUCGAAUGGCCUAACUGAGAUGCAUCAGUCUGGGAAUAAUGACACAGUGGUGUUAGAAUCUGAAUGUCAAGUUCCUGUGCAGAAGGAUAUAAAGAUUAAGAAUGCAGACUCUUGGAAAAGUUUAGGCAAACCAGUCAAAACAUCAAGUGUACUGAAAUCCUCAGAUGAGCUCUUCAACCAAUUUAGAAAAGCAGCAAUAGAAAAGGAAGUGAAAGCUCGAACACAGGAACUAAUACGGAAACAUCUGGAACAGAAUACAAAGGAACCAAAAGUAUUUCAAGAAAAUCAGAGGGACCUUGGCUUCACUCUAGAAUCCUUUUCAAAUAAAAUGCAAAACAAAUGCCUUGGAGAAGAGCGACAAGCACAUCUGCAGUCAUUGGAAGCUCAAGAUACAAGCAAACUCUCGCUUCCUGAGGACCGUAAUUUAGCCAGGGAGAAAGAGCAAGAGCGGAGGAGGAGAGAAGCAAUGGCUGGUACCAUUGAUAUGACUCUGCAAAGCGACAUUAUGACAAUGUUUGAAAACAACUUUGAUUAA